ACCUGUCUUCCUAACCAAGAUCAACCUUCCUUUCCAGCGGAUAUGUUUUCCCACGAGGAGAAUGGCCCUGAGCCAGACUGGGUUUUGUCAGAACGGGAGCAGUUUACUGAAUUCAGGGACCUGAACAAGGAUGGGAAGUUGGACAAGGAUGAGAUUCGCCACUGGAUCCUCCCCCAAGACUAUGACCACGCACAGGCUGAGGCCAGACACCUGGUGUAUGAGUCGGACAAAAACAGGGAUGAAAAGCUAACUAAAGAGGAGAUAUUGGAGAACUGGAAUAUGUUUGUUGGGAGCCAAGCUACCAAUUAUGGAGAAGACCUCACAAAAAAUCAUGAUGAACUUUGAUACACACUCAGCGUAACAUGACAGACUGUCAUGGGCUUUCUUUUAUUGUCUUGGAUGGUUGCUACAGUUGACUAAUUUAUAGCAGUUGUGUCCCUGAAACAGCAGUUUAUAACCUCAGAUUGGGCUUAAAAUUGCUUUUCACUCAAUGUUUACUGCGAAAUAUUUCUAUUCCUAUUUCUAUCAUUUCUGUUCCUUCAAUAAGAUAUCUCUACAAACACCUUAAAAUCUGUGUAAAUCACAAUAUUUUGGGGGGUGGGGAUACAUUACAAAAACAUGACUUUUUAGCCUUUUUCAUUAAAUUUAAAGGGGAAUAA